AUGGCCAUCCCCUUCCCCGGCCGCUUCCCCCAGCGGAUAGCCACUUCCUCGCACAAGCCAGGGCCUCCUCGGGAUCUGGCCGCUCGCAGUCAAUCACCCGGCGACGGCGCGUCCGAUUGGCUGCGCCAGGAAAGCGAUGGGUGGUACCUGCUUCCAAAUGGCACAGGUCCUUCGGAAACCCUCAGCAUCCUCGAGAGGAACGAGAGGUUGGCCAAAGCCGAGAUCGCUGUGCUGGGCACGAUGUUCAUGAUGGCCACGGUGGGCAACAGUGUGCUCAUCAGUGUCCUGUGGAGCAGGAGGCAGAGAAUGUCCCGCAUGUAUGUCUUCGUGAUGCACCUCAGCAUUGCCGACCUGGUGGUGGCCGUCUUCCAGGUCCUGCCCCAGCUCAUCUGGGACAUCACGGAGAUCUUCAUGGGGCCAGAUGUACCGUGUAAAAUGGUGGCUUACCUACAGCUCGUGGGGAUGUUCGCGUCCACCUUCAUGGUGGUGGCCGUGACCGUCGACAGGUUCCAAGCGGUCUGUUAUCCCAUGACUUUUCGCAAGAAAAGAGCACGUUGGAAUGCAGCCAUAAGCACGAGUUGGGUCUUGUCUCUCAUCCUGAGUGUCCCUCAGGUCUUCAUAUUCUCCAAGAAAGAGUUACUCCCAGGGAAAGUGCAAUGCUGGGCAGAGUUCAUCCAGCCAUGAGGACCCAAGGCUUAUGUGACCUGGAUCUUCAUGGUCAUUUUCUUCAUCCCCACCACCGUUCUGACCAUGUGCCAGGUCAGAAUCUGCAGGGUCAUUCGACUGAACAUUUACACCAAGACUCACCAGAACCUUGAGGUGACCAAGAUCCAGACAGUCCAUUCGAGAGCCAGUAACAUUAACUACAUCUCAAAAACAAUGAACAAGACGGUGAAAAUGGCAGUGGUCACAGUGCUUGCCUAUGUGCUGUGUUGGAGUCCUUACUUUGUAGUGGAGCUGUGGACAGUUUGGUGUCCCACUGACAUCAAUCAGGGCUCCGUAUUUACCAUCCUCAUGCUUUUGUGGAAUUUAAACAGCUGCACCAACCCCUGGAUAUAUAUGUAUUUCUGCGGACAGAUCCCGUGCUGCACGAAAUGCAAGUCGAGCUCUUCGGCUCAAAAAGAGUCCACCGCCAUCGUCACCGUCAACCUGGCUGAAAAAGAUGUUGGAUAUGCCUUUACUGCGGUUUAA